AGUCGGACGCCGGGAAAUUCUCCUUCGCUUAUCCGGCUCUUUAGCGCGAGUUUUCUGCGGGCUGCGUGUGAACGCACUUUUGCGUACUAUGAGCUCAGAAUGAGGCAAGUGACACGCGCAUUGCCGGGUCAAAGUCAGGCCCUCCUCACCGGCCUCAUUAUCGUCGUGUGCGCCGCAUUAAUCAUUCAAAGCGAGCCCAUCCGCGAUGCGAAAGCUCAGCGGAGACGCGAACCCGGCGUGGUGAGUUCGCAACUGGCUGGGGAAGCGGGCAACGGUGCGUAUGAACGGCCCCACAGAAGAGGUACUCAUAAUGGGACAACAAUUCGCAGACACAAUCGCAUCCCUCGCAGUGUAUUUCACGUACGCUGGAACCCCAACGAGAAGUUCAUCGUGGAGAGUCGCGAGAAUCCGGCCGUCAACUCCUCCAAGCUGGCGCCCCAUCCGCGGCUGAAGGUCUCCAAGAACACCAAGCUCACGCUCAGUCCCAAGCUGUACCUCUGCCACGACAAGCACUCGGAGCUGUGCCACAACAAGACCCAGCAGUUCCGCCAGCGCAUCGUCCAGACCUUCGAGAAGGCCAUGAUGGAGUCGGUCAACGAGUCGCAGGCCAACCACUACAACGUGGACUACAAGCCGGUGUUCGGGGACAGCUUCGAGGAGCAGUACUACCCGUCCACCUGCCUGGUCAUGGAGGCGGGCGUGCGGGUCCUGCGGCGCAAGGAUGAGCCCUUCAACAAGCUGCCGUUCGGCCGCCUCUUCCCGCGCCAGAAGCUCUUCCGCAACGUCAAGGACAUCAAGACCUGCGCGAUCGUCUCCAGCGCUGGCUCCCUGGCAGGCUCCAAGCUGGGUCGGUUUAUAGACACGCACGACAUUGUGAUGCGAUUCAAUCAUGCGCCCACGCAAGGACACGAGGUGGAUGUGGGCAGCAAGACCACAAUUCGUGUGGUGAAUUCGCAAGUGGUCACCAAGCCCGAGUUCGACUUCACCCAUGCCCCCAUCUUCCGGAACGUCACGAUUGCCGCCUGGGAUCCGGGCAAGUACAAUGGCACCCUGGAGGACUGGCUGACCAGCGCGGACUACGAUCUGUUCACCAACUACGAGAUAUACCGGCGGCGGUAUCCCAAGUCCAGGGCCUUCCUCAUCGAUCCGCACUCCGUGUGGCGGCUGUGGCAGAGCCUGCAAAUGUUCGCCGGAAACAGGCCGAUAAGCAGGAAUCCACCCAGUUCCGGUUUCAUAGGAUUGGCCCUGCUCCUGCCGCACUGCCCGCAGGUGGACUUUGUGGAGUACGUGCCCUCCACGCGGCUCAAUGGCCGCUGUCACUACUACAGCAAGGAGAUGAAUUCCGCCUGCACAUUCGGCUCCUGGCACCCGCUGGCCGCCGAGAAGCUGAUGGCCCUGGACAUGAACAUGGCGGAGGACGACGACAUGUCGGUCUUCCAGUUGGGCAUCCUGCGGAUCCGCAGGCCGGACAAACUGCUCUGCGGCUUCAACUUCUUUGGCUACUGAGAUGGAGCUGCGCUCGGAGGCGACUCGAAGGCGGAAGUGCCAGCGACAAUCCAGGUGCAUUUAAUCAAGCGGUUUUCAUCGAGUGCAAUAAACCAUUCAACUUUGCAA